AUGGAAUCUGCGGAAAGCAGCAUAGAGACGGAAUCACUCCCAGCGGUCAAGAACCUUCGCUCCAAGUUCGAGCAACUCUCCAACAGGCCCUCCCCGAUUGGACUGGGAUUGCCGUCGAAUCAUGUUCCGCGUCCGCGAGCCACUUCGGGCUCCCAUUCUAGUGGCGAUCGCCCCCCAAAUAGCCCGACUCUCCGCUCCACGAGCUCUUCCUCCGAACUGUUAAGCAGGAAACCUCCCCCACCCCCGCCACCAUCGCGGGCGCGGGCGCCUUCCCCCGCAGCAUCGCCUUCGCUUCGUCCUGCGUCUGUCGGAAUCGAUAUUCCAGAAGCACCACUCAACUUGCAACCGACUGAACCCAUUUCCUCGCCAUUUUUGUCUCCGCCUGAGAUCCAUGUUCCAGACGCCCAGUCCAGUCCCGGAGUGUCAGCGUUACGCAGUCGGAACGCACCAUCCCCAUCACCAUCCCCUUCGCCCCUCCGCCCGAGCAACAGUCUUCGUAGACCCCCACCUCCGCGACCGCCCGCACAGCAUGCGUUUCUCGGUGAGAUGGAGGAGACGUCUUCUCCCCUUCCUCUAUCUUCCGAGGACGAAUCUGAAAUCAUCACUUCCCUUGCCAACACCACUGCACCAUCACUUCCAGCGCGUCGACCAAUUUCCUAUCAGCAACCAAGCUCAAGUCAAGAAAGUGACGUCGUGCGCCGGAUUCCUCCGCCUCGACCGCCUCGAACUGCCAAGUCCGUAGACUCGACGGUCAAAGGCGCUGAGUUCAUUGUCAAAGCACCGCCUCUACCCACUCGGCGUUCACCGGAAGACGCGGUGGGUCCGCCAGUUCCCAAUUUGGUCCCUCCUCGGCUCCCCAUGCGCCCUGCUUCAGUGAUCCCAGCGAUUGAACCCGAGGAGCGCAAGACACUUUCUCGGCUGCCGCCGCCUCCAACUCGGACAAUCGCAUUGGGCGACAAGCUUCCGCCCGUCAAGCGGCCUUCGUCGCCAUCGUCCGAGGAGGAAUCCGCUGACGAAGGCCCUCCAGAUCUGCCUGACAGCAGUCGAUCGUCGCGGAAGCCGCCUCAUCUUUUGUUUCGCGCGGGACAGAAUGAUCUCAAGAUCACUGUUCCCGCGCAUUCGGGUCUGGUCAUAGUGUCCGGCACACGCAUUGUCACAGCCACGAACCACCAUAUCAAGAUCUACGAUGUCGCUCAGUCAGACACACCGGUUAUCUCGCUAGAAAAGAGGGAGAUCGGUCACAGUCAAGGCCUUAAAGAACUGCGCCCAACAAGCAUGGAGUAUCGCACAUGCGGCCGUCCGGGCGACCGUGGAUUUUUGUUGUGGAUUGGUACCAAAGAUGGCCAUCUCGUUGAACUGGAUGUGCGCACUGGAGUCGUGACUGCUGCCAAAAUUGGUGCACAUCUCCACCCGAUAGUUAGGAUAUUCCGCCACGGACGAAGCAUGAUCACCAUGGACGACGCUGGGAAGACCCUGCUGUUUGCUCCGUCCGAUGACGGAGAGGAUAUUCAGUUGGCAUUCACCCCACCUCGCGUCACUCGUGUGACGGAGAAACAAGAUUUCGCCCAGCUGAUCUGCGGAAAGCUCUGGACGGCGUCUAGGGUCGACCUGCACGGCUCACGGUUGCAGACCAUCCGGGUAUACGAUCUGUUUGCUCCAGGUGCUCCGUUUCGGGCGGUGGCGCCAACUGAGGCGAUCGGUGCCAUUACCGAUGCUACGAUGCUUCCCUCGACGCCGGGCAUUGUCUAUGCUGCUCACGAGGCUGGGUCAGUGUCUCUCUGGAAACUCGAUCAAGAUGGCUGGCCGCAAUGCAUCGACAUCGUCCGGGUCGCCAUCUCAGACGUGCUGUGCAUUGAGGGAGUCAACAAUCGGCUGUGGGCUGGGGCCAGGAACGGCGCCAUUUCUGCCUACGAUGUAUCUGUCAAGCCUUGGGUUAUCACCAACUGCUGGAUGGCCCACACCAAGCUGCCGGUGAAACAGCUUUCGGUCGAUCAUUACGGGAUCGAGAAGACCGGGAGACUGUGUGUGACUAGUGUUGGCCGUGAUGAGCAUGUCAAGCUAUGGGAUGGGCUCCUCGCGUUUGAUUGGAUCGACAUCGAACUGAUGAAGCGUGAAGCGUCGUUCAGCACGUUCCGAGACCUCAGUGUCCUCAUCAUCUCGUGGAACUGCGACUCGGCGAAACCUGAAUCGCUCACGGGCGAUGCAGCCAACAUCAAUUUCCUGCAUGACGCGCUAACGAGUGUGGGGUGCCCCGACAUCAUCUGUUUUGGGUUCCAGGAGCUGGUCGAUCUCGAGAGCCGGAGACUCGUUGCGAAAAACGUGCUUCUGGGACGGAAAGACAAGCAGGACGUGUCCGUCGCACAGAUCACAGGAUUGUCUGGACUAUCCGACAAAGUGUCGACCUCCUAUCGCAAGUGGUAUGAACAUCUUGUACAUGCGGUUCGUCUUGCGAUGCCGGCCCAAGUGCCGUACACGGCGAUCCACACCGAGAGUCUGGUGGGAUUGUUCAGCUGCGUGUUUGUGAAGAAUUCGGAGCGGACAUCUAUCAAGGACAACGUCAUCACUUCCAUGAAACGAGGAAUGGGGGGCAGAUAUGGUAACAAGGGUGGGAUCAUCACUCGUUUGGUCAUCGAGGACUCGUCAAUCUGCUUUAUCAACUGCCAUCUGGCCGCUGGACAGCAUGCUACCAGAGCCAGAAACGCGGAUAUCGGGGCAAUGCUCGAGGAGCGCUCGCUUCUUCCUGAGAGUGAGCACGAGCCCUUGGCCUAUGUCGGCGGCGGGGACGGGCAAAUGGCUUUGGACCACGAGAUCGUCUUUAUCAACGGGGACAUGAACUACCGUAUCGAUCUUCGCAGAGACAACAUCAUUACGGCCGUCCGUGCCAACGAUCUGGACAGCAUCCUACCCCACGACCAACUUCUGAAAGAGAUCAAGUACAAUCGUGGCUGCCGUUUGCGCGGAUUUGCCGAGGGCCCACUCACCUUUGCGCCAACCUACAAAUAUGACCGACACACAGACGUUUAUGAUACAUCUGAAAAGGCGCGUGCACCCGCGUGGUGUGAUCGAGUUCUCUGGCGGACGCGAUCGCCGAACCGUGUCAAGCAACUGCACUACCAGCGAUACGAGGCGAGCGUUUCCGACCAUCGCCCAAUCUCCGCUGCAUUCAAAGUCACUGUCAAAACCAUCCACCAAGAUGUCCGACAGAAGGCCAAGGCCGAAACCGAGUUGCAAUGGGCAGUGGAGCAGGAGCGCCUCCUCUCUGUCUCACCAUACCAUCAUGUAGCUAGCCACCCAAACGACGUCACUGUGGAAGAACACCCUGUCAUCACAUAUGAGUCCGCGUCUUGUGAUUCCGAUCCAGUUCUGCACUUGCGUUCAGCAUCAGCCUGCAUAACAUCGCCGAAAAACCGAGCACGACGCGAUCGCCGAAACCGAGCUGGUGGUUUUGGUUCCCAGGUCACCGGGCCUUCUGCAACUCCACAUCGGCUUCUUGACCUCCUCCGCGCACCAGACCCAAUACGCACUGGCCACUACGAAACGAAGAUAACUUGGAAGGGCCAUUCUGAGCGCGUCCGUCACUUGCAUGGAUGUAACAAGGUGCACUUUGGGUGGGAAUUCGGGCGGAAUAUCGAAGCCGACGCGGUUUUUAGGCCCAACGACCCUUCCGCGAUUUUCCAUGAUGCCUUGCGAAACAAUAAGGCCGUCGUGUGCGCCUUGUCGGCAUCGUACAUAUCGACUUUCGCGGGCUACCCCCUCGACUCUCUGAAAUCAAGACUGCAGACGCAGCGUGUGCCAAUUAGUGUCCCGAAGCUGGCUGCGCUCGUGUACCGAGAGGAAGGCAUUACGGGAUUCUAUCGCGGUCUGUGGAUCCCUUUGUUGACGAUAUCGUUCGUCCGCGCCGCGAGUUUCACGAUCUACACGGAGACGAAAGAGUACUUUCGCGUCAAUCACUAUCUCGACCGUGACCGGAUUCUGGAUGCGGCGUUGGCGGGUGGUAUCGGCGGGGCGAUGUCAGGGUCCUUGAUUUCGUUCGGCAGUGCCCCGUUUGAGCUGGUCAAGGUCCGACGACAGCUCGAGUACGCCAUUGCUGCCAGCAAGGGGCAACAUCUUGUUAAACCGCCGGGAACCGCAGCAGCAGUGCGGUUAGUCAUUCUGCUGUAUCUCUUGACCAUCCCCGGUGACGCCUUCCCUAGAGAGAUCUUCAAAGCCAACGGUGUGCGGGGCUUGUACACUGGGUUCCGACUGCAUUUCUUGCGGGACACCCUCGGGACUGGCCUCUAUUUUUUCGAGUAUGACGGCAUGCGACACCUGCUAGGUCGACAUCGAAAUGGCGAGCAGGGCUCCACUCCAUCAUGGCUGCCUGUGCAUGCUUCCCUGGUUCCAUUUGUCUGCGGCUCGGUUUCUGGCGUGACUUCAUGGGCUCUGAUCUAUCCGCUCGACGUCGUGAAGACAAAGAUGCAGCAACGUGCUCUUGCCGGAGAGCGCUACCGCAGUGUCGGGGAAACAUUCUUCCGACUCAUCCGAGGUGCGAUAGACUUCUUUUCCCAAGUCUCUCCCGACUCAAAAGAGACAGGCCCUGAUCCGUCUGCUCCCAAAUCUUUCCUCGAAGGAUGCGCUCGCAUAUAUCGAGGGCUCGGGCGGUCUCCGAGGAAUAUGUCGUUCUCGGAACUCCUGGGAUAUACCAGCAUCGCAUGCUGGUUGGGUGCCCAGUUUCCUCAGCUUCUCGAGAACAUACGGCUGCAGUCUUGUGAGGGCCUCGCGCUGCCCUUCCUUGCUAAUUGGUUGCUCGGCGAUAUCGCCAACCUCACUGGAUGCUUACUAACGGAACAGCUGCCCUUCCAGACGUAUCUCGCGACCUAUUUUGUCUUCGUCGACAUGAUACUGUUCUCGCAGUAUUUCUACUACGGCGGAGGGAAGACAGUCUCGACGUUCGGACGCGGAAGACGGACAUCCGCUGCAGCAGAUCGGCACUAUCGCACGCUUUCGGUCGUGGCAGCUAAUAUGUCCACUGCCGCCGCAUUGGCAGCGCAGGCACACGAGAACACCCGGCGCAGCAUCGACCGCAUGUCGGCCAGUAUGCUGUCGGACGACGUCCCGGAGGGCGCGAUGUUGGGCAUGGCGGAUAGCUUCCACUCGGAACGGGCGGCAUCGAAGAAGCGGGUGUCAUGGAGCACUGAGAGGCACGGGCGCGGGGGAAGCGUCGGGCGCACACCCAUGCCGCGCGGUGUGUUUACGCCGAGGACCGGAACUGAGGAAGAGGGAACCUUCCGGGGAAGGUCGCUGCAGAGGGAUCUACAGGCUUCCGAAAGGGACGACGUUGUUCCCUCAUCAGUCGACUCCCAGCGAAAGAGCUCUCGGGCGAGCAAACGAGGUGCCAAUCUUGUGUUUCUCAGCGUGAUGGCUAUGUUUGGAAUGCGUGCCUGGAGCGGGAACCUGGCUCCCGGAGGCAUCAUGCUGCGAAAGGAUCUGGCGGAUAGCGGCCAUGUCCUUGCCGAUGUCCCUGCUAUCAUUCAGGAUCUGAGCUCCUCUGAAGCUGUCCACGUGUACUUUCCUGUCGCAGACGAUCCGACCCAUCACGAACCGGAACCUACAAAUCCUUCCAACGAACGCCUAAUCGGUCGCGUCUCCGCCUGGCUCUGCACCACUCUUUAUCUUACAUCUAGAUUGCCGCAGAUAUGGAAAAACUAUGUCAGGAAAUCCGUCGAAGGCUUGGCCAUCUCUCUCUUUGUUUGCGCAUUUUUGGGCAACAGCUUCUACGUCGCCUCUAUUCUGACCUCCGACCAAGUUUUUCUGCCUGCUCCCCAGUCGACGGACUUUCUCCUAGAAAGCUUACCAUAUCUGCUCGGAAGCGGCGGGACGCUGACGUUUGACAUCAUCAUCGACCAAUGGCGGACAACGACUACCCGUGCAUCCUUGCUGGAGGACCAUUAUCCCCCAUUUCUUUUCUCCGCCAUGUCCCGUCCCUCCUCCCGCCGCGACGCUCCCAAUUCACCGCGAUCUUCGAUUUCCAGCAACGACAAACGCUCUCAACACACCACUGAGCUCCCAGAGCUCCCUUCAGCGCAACCCGCUUCAGCACCUCAUGUCACCAAACCCUCUCUACGACUUCUCUUUUCCCUCAUCCCCCCUCGACAACGCGCCCUCCUCCUCAUUCCUGCCAUCGUGUCAUCCCUCGUCGCCGGCGCAAUAGCACCCUUCAUGACCCUGGUCGUCGGCCAGGCGUUCAACGCAUUCGCCCGCUUCGAUCAAUCCCUACCGGCGAACCAGGCGUCCAAAGAUCGGCUCAUGCAUUCUAUGACUGUAUCGGCUCUCGAGCUCGUUGGGCUCGCGGUUGGAUCAGUUCUGUUGAGCAGCCUGAUGAGCAGCCUUUGGAUAUGGACUGGCGAGCAGAAUGUUCGCGCCGUCCGGAGACGCAUAUAUUCUGCUGUCACACAGAAGGAUAUGGUCUGGUUCGAUGCCAAGAUGGGCACUGAGGGAACGCAGGGGGAGGACGAGGGCCCCAUAGGUGCUGGUGGCAUGAUGGCCAAGUUUGCGAGAGAGACAGACGAAGUUCGCGAAGCUUCCUCUCUCGCAGCAGGGCGUCUCAUCCAAUACCUGACCACUUGCAUCGCUUGCCUUGCCUUAGGGUUCAUGCGAUCGUGGUCAUUGACUCUAGUCAUCCUCACCGCUGUGCCGGUCCUCGUCUGUAUCCAAAUAGCUUCCCAGCUUUUGGCUGGGCCACUCCUCAAUGUCGAGCGCUCGACUACAGCUGUCGCUGCGACCCACGUCGACCGUGCCUUUUCUGCUAUCAGCACGGUCAAAGCAUUCAACGCCUCUGGCUACGAGCAGCAUAAACUCGAUGGAGCGUUGGACAAGAUGUCCACUGCAACCAGGAAGCUGGUGGCAGUCUGGGGCGUCACGUCUGGCUGUGCACAAUUCGUUAUGAUGGGCAUGUUUGUGCAGGCUUUCUGGUUCGGUAGCAAACUCGUCAAGGAAGGCAAAAUUGGUCCUGGCGAUGUGAUGGCCGUCUUCUGGGCCUGCUUGAUUGCCACCAGCAAUCUGCAAAUGUCCAUUCCCCAGUUCAUCGUCCUCACCCGAGGCAAAUUCGCUAUUGUGUCCUUGCUCGCCGUCGUGGACGAUGACGGUGACGACGGUUUCGGUGACGUACCCUUGUCGCCGACCACUGCGAUUCCGGCUGCUCGUCCGGUCCAGAGACGAACGAACCAACAUCUGCGCAAAAUUCAACCCAAACGAUGCACGGGCGAAUUCGCGCUGCACAAUAUCUCGUUCGCCUAUCCAUCGCGUCCGCACGUGACCGUUCUUGAAGACAUCAAUCUCUUCCUUCCUGCGUUUGAGACAACUUUCAUCGUCGGGUCCUCCGGCUCCGGCAAGUCUACGAUCGCGCAUCUACUCCUUGGCCUGUACACUCCUCAAGCAGGCUUGAUCGAGUUGGACGACCAGGAUAUCAAGUUCAUCGAUGAGCGGUGGCGACGGAGACACGUUGCUAGUGUCGAGCAGGGAUGCAUUCUCUUCGAUAUGAGUGUGUUCGACAACGUUGCGCUCGGUGCUGGUGGUCGUGAUGUCACACGAGACGAAGUGCAGCAGGCUUGCGUUACUGCGCUUAUGCAUGAGUUUGUUCGCGACCUCCCUGAUGGCUACGACACGAUGCUUGGGACCAGCGGUGCCAGCCUCAGCGGUGGACAGAAGCAGAGGCUGGCGAUCGCGCGAGCUCGCUUGCGGGAUCCGACUGUUCUCAUUCUCGACGAAGCCACAUCGGCGUUGGAUCCCACGUCCCGAAUCCUGGUCUUCGAAGCUAUCAAGCGCUGGCGCAAGAACAAGACCACGAUUGUCAUCACUCACGACCUCUCACAAAUCACAUCCAGCGACUUUGUCUAUGUCCUCAAGGACGGGCAUGUCGCCGAGCAGGGUUUCCGCUACGAUCUCGAGGUCUCUGGAGGGGAAUUUAGCGAGAUGAUGAUUUCCCAGGGUGCCACAGGAGGAUAUCUGCCUGAAAAGCAGGUGGACUCGGCCAUGCGCACCUACACUCCCACCUCCGAAGACGAGGACAAGACUGAGUUGACACAUCCAAGUGUGGGUGUGACAACUACGUUUGGGUGGAUGUUCGACGUCGUGACUGACCUCACCACGGUUCCGCUGGCUUUCCCGACUGCCGCAGAGACAUUCGAGGACGAUGAACCCUCUGUCAGCGAGAAGGUCGCUGUCACGCGAUCCCGACGCCCUUCCAGUGUCUACGAACACCCCGUGUCCCCGCUUCCGCUCAUGACACGCGACUCUCGCCGAUUCAGCCUGCAAUUCUCGCCUACUUCGACGACGUUCAACUUCCCGACUGCCGAUGAGCCGGAGAAGUGGAUCGAAUUUGACGAGAAGGAACUAGAAAGCCGUGGCGAGCGUGCUUCCCGCAGACGGCGUGCAUCGCAGCCCCGAAAAGCGCGAACGAGAUGGGAAGACAGCAAGGCUCUUGACGUCCAGGUUGAGAAGCCUUCCGAGGACGUCUCUGCCCAGCCAGAGAUCUCUGUAUGGCGGCUAGUCAAGGACAUCUAUCCCACCGUGCCGUAUAAACCCCUGCUCGUUUUCGGGCUCGUCGUCUGUCUCAUCAGCGGGGCCAUCACGCCCUUGUUUUCGUUCCUCUUGUCACAGCUCUUCUACGAAGUCGCCAACGGGGCGAAAGACACUGCCAUGAUCAACAAGUACGGUGCGAUCGUUCUGUGCACUGCUGCGCUGGACGGCAUCUUCAUCGGCCUCAAGUACUUUAUCAUGGAGUCGACGUCUAUGCUCUGGAUCACCCACCUCCGCAAGGUGUGUUUCAAACUUGUCCUGGCCCAGGACAAGAAGUGGUUCGACAAGUCCGACAAUUCACCUGUCCGCCUGGUGCAAGUCCUCAUCAAAGACGGCGACGAUGCGCGCAACCUGAUCGCUGUCGUUCUUGGACAGCUGGCCGUCGUCACGAGCAUGCUCGGGGUCGGCCUUGUCUGGGCGCUCGUCAAGGGCUGGCAGCUGACUCUCGUUGGCUUCGCGAUUGCUCCGGUCUUUGCUGUUGCGAUGGCUGUGCAGACUGGGCUGGUGGCGAAAUGCGAGGCGAGGAACAAGCAUGCGAGAGAGCAGGUUGCCAAGGGCUACUACGAGUCCAUCCUCAACGUGAGGGCCAUUCGUUCGAUGGGCUUCGAGGCCAUAUUCCAGAAGCAGUUCGAAGCUUCUACGGACACUGCUCUGCGUGCUGGAGUUCGGGGUGCUUUCGUUGAAGGGUGCACCUAUGGCGUGGCCAGUGGCCUGAUCUAUCUCGCCGAGGCUCUCCUUUUCUAUGUCGGAGCAGUCCUCAUCGCGCAUGGGACCUACUCCUACCUGCAGAUGGUCCAGGUCUUGAAUCUGGUCGUCUUUACUGUCACGUUGGGCUCUCAGGUGAUGGCCUUCACGCAGAAGAUCGCGCAAUCAGUGCAGGCCACUCGCGGCUUCAACGAGAUGCUCCACCUUCCCACCCAGACCGAUGAGUCGGCUGGAAUCAUUUGCCCGCCUCUGGACGGCCCCAUAACGCUGCAGAAUGUCGAUUUCUCGUACCCCGGGCGGCCCGAUGUGCCGGUUCUCCGGGAGACCAACCUGCAGAUCGACCCCGGCGAGUGCGUGGCUGUUGUCGGUGCUUCUGGCUCCGGCAAAUCCACGAUCGCGGCACUGCUUCAGCGCUUGUACGAGCCGCAGAACGGCCGGAUCUUCGUUGGACUCGACGAGCUCAAGACGAUGAACGUCGUCCACCUGAGGCACCACAUUUCCGUCGUCAGCCAGAACCCGAAUCUGUUCGAUGCGACCGUUGCGGAGAACAUUGCCUACGGAAAUGCGGAUCUCCCGUUUGCCGAUAUUCGCCGUGCUGCUCAGGCUGCGAAUGUGCACGACUUCAUCAUGUCGCUCCCGCAGGGAUAUGAUACCAUGGUCGGCGAGAACGCGUCGUUGAUCUCUGGUGGACAGGCGCAGAGACUGUCGAUUGCACGUGCGCUGGCUCGCCCGUCCAAAAUCCUGAUCCUCGACGAGUGCACAUCGGCGCUGGACCCGGCCAACCAAGCUGUCGUGCUGGACACCGUCCGCCGCGCCAAAGUCGGGCGGACGACGGUGAUGGUCACACACAAGCUGCCUGUGAUGCAGAUGUGUGACCGGAUUCUCGUUGUGCACGACGGACGCAUCGCUGAGCAGGGCACGUACGACCAGCUGAUCCAGCGCAAAGGCAUCUUCGCGCAGCUGGCCAGCGGUGGCGAAUGGGAGUGAGCCAUGCCCUUUUUUAUUACCUAAUGAAUGCCGUUACUAUAUCCUUUCCCUAUUUUUCCAUUCCAUCUUGCAUUUGUAGUCGUUACACAGCACACAACAUGAUCUGUAGUAGUAAACGCUUUCGGAUAGAAACAAGCAGCGCAUCCUUGUACACAUUCUGAUUCCGAAAGUGGUCACAACAUGACCACUCCGACACCCUUUCCGGGUUUGGUAUCUCCCUCGGCGGUCAUGCCGGCCAGCUUCGCAGUCCGCCAGUUGUACAAAUAAAAGUUGAGGUAUCCGUCGCCAGGCCCAAACUGCGGUCCAGCGAGUGAGUCUAGGAACACAUCCCGCGGCUGUGACUCACCUUCAGCUCACGCAGGAUCGACACAUUGUCCAUCAGGGUCAGAGCGUUGAACACAUCCAUCUUGGCCUGGUUCGCGAUCACAAGCGCAUCGCCGAUGAGGAUCCGGAGACGCUCCUUCAGCCGCCCGUCUUCCUCGCUCCCCUCCUCGAACGCUACCUCAGUCGCGUAGUAGUACAGGGGAGGAAGUAGAACGAGAAAAAGUCCGUGAUGCGUUGUGUUGCGGGGUC